CAGAAUGCAUCUCUCUUUUGCAUCUAUACAAUCCUCUUACAAUUUGCACCCAUACUUGACCUUUCAUCUCGGUUGACGCCUCAAUGACGCCUAUGGACCACGUUCCUUGUCUGGCUGGCCACAGUCAGACUCAGCAGUCACCCUUCCUGCUUCCUUCGAGCUACCGCAUUCCCCUAUCACCUCGCCCCUCGUGCUCCCCAUCCCGCGGCAUGCCGUUGGCUGCAGCGGCAUGCCGCUGCAUACCCUCGCUGCCUCGGCGAUACCCGUGUGCCUGGAAAGUCAGCUUUUUCCAGAGCGCGAUGGGCAACUGUCGGGCAUCGUCCGGCUGCCGGCGGGCUCAUACAAAUAUGCUCCAUGCGGGACAAGAGAUGACCGACCUUGGUGCUGGAAUCGUAGAUCGCUGACGAAGCGUCUCUUUUCCCCAACUACUUCUGACCCCAACUUGUCUUCUUUCUUUACUUAUCUCUCACUGGUCAUAGCCUUAUCAUCGUCGCGUACGAGCAGGGUGGCAACAUCGACCAUCACCCCGCGUGCCCCCGAGCAACAUCACAACACGCAAUGUCAAACCACGCCUCGACAUCAGCAACCGCCAAUGCAGCCCCCUCGCCCCCAAGCCUAUCCACCACAGUAGCAGGGAGCGUGAAAAAGGAUGACGAUCUCGAGUUCAAGGGCCAGAAAGAGGUAGAGACGGAUGGCGUCAAGAGAACAGUCCAGGUAGUACUCGAUCAGAAGAGCGGGAAGGAGCUUUUGAAGGAUGUCGAAAAGGACCAGCAGUAUACACAACCUCGGUGGCGGCACUCUCUACCAUUUGUCAAGCCAGCGCACCCUCCUCCACCAGCCCCCCUCUCCCUCGACGACGCCAAAGUCACCCCAGAGGUCGAUGCCAACUGGUUCGACUUCCUCUUUUUCAACUGGAUUUCGCCGAUGAUGGCUUUGGGCUCUGCCCGGCCGCUUCAGGAUACCGAUCUUUGGAAGAUGGACAACGGGAGGAGUGCCGAGACGUUCUCGAGGAAGCUUUUGACUGCUUAUAAGCAACGGACAGAGAGGGCGAACGAGUACAAUGCGCAUAUACUUGAAGCACCGAUCCCGAGGUCAAAACGCAUUCUCUACUCUGUCCUUCCCAAUGGUGAGAAGCGGGAAAAGGCAUACAGAGAGAAGCUACAGAAGAAGCGUGCCUCCCUGCUCAUGUCUCUCUACGACACCUUUGGCUGGUUCUACAUGUCUUCGGGUGUCAUCAAAAUGUUUGGCGAUACUUGUCAAGCUGUGACGCCCCUCCUGAUCCGGAAACUCAUCAGCUGGUCGUCAGAGUAUCAGGCAAAGAAGAAGGCGGGGCUGGAUCUGCCUUCGAGAGGGGAUGGUGUGGGCGCUGCUAUCGGCCUGCUUCUGCUGCUCGUUGCGAGCAGUGUGUGUCAGCAUCACUACUUUUAUCGAUCUAUGGCUGUUGGUGUCUAUGCCAGAACAGCAAUCGUCACUGGUAUAUAUCAGCGCGCUCUCCAGUUUACACAGAAAUCGCGCGGUCAAAUACCAAACGGAAAACUUGUCAACCACAUCUCGACCGAUACGAGUCGUAUCGAUUUCGCUGCGGGAUAUGCUCAUAUCUUGUGGACCGCGCCUGUACAGAUGAUCAUCAUCAUCAUCAUCUUGAUCGUCCAAAUAGGAUACUCUGCUCUUCCUGGUAUCGCCUUCUUGCUCAUCAUGACCCCGUUACAAGCGCGCUUCAUGAAGACUCUCUUUGCUUUCCGUAUGAAGGCUGCCAAAUGGACAGACAAGAGAGCCAAGCUGCUCCAAGAAAUCCUCGGCGGCAUGCGUAUCGUCAAAUACAUGGCCUGGGAAUUCCCCUUUCUCGAACGCAUCAACUCGAUUCGAACUAUGGAACUCCGCUACAUCCGUCUCCUCCUCAUCUUCCGCUCCGGCAUGAUGGCAUUCGCCAUCUCCCUCCCCAUCCUCGCCGCCAUCCUCUCUUUCGUCACCUACUCUCUCUCCGCCCACAACCUCGAAGCAGCCAAGAUCUUUACUGUGGUCACCCUCUUCCAGAUCAUGCGCAUGCCGCUCAUGAUGUGGCCCAUGACGCUUAGUGCGAGUGCAGAUGCGCUCAAUGCGCUGAAGCGAUUGGAAGCGGUGUUUGAGGCGGAGGUGGUUACGGAGGAGAGGAGAGUAGAGGGGGAUAUGAAGGAGGGGAUCAAGUUGGAGCAUGCGUCUUUUACGUGGGAUGCGGCGCCGGUGGAUGAUGAGACGGCGAUGAUGAAGCAGGCAAAGGGAAAGCAUGCCAAGGCUAUUGGUGGUAAAGCUCAAACUGCCCCGGUCAAGAAGGAGAAGAAGAGGAUGAGGUGGAGCAAGAAGAUGAAGAAGGUCACUGUGGCGGAUGAAGUGCAGGCUGAAGCGGCUGGGGAGAAGGACGGGAUGGGCGAGGCGGGGGCUGUGGGACAAGGUCAAAGUGCACCUGGAGCGCCCGGGUUGGAUGAAAAGGCAGAGGCAAAAGACGACAAGGCUAUAUUCCACCUCGACGAUAUCACUCUUAGUGUUCCAAAGGGUUCCCUUACUGCUAUCGUUGGGCCCAUCGGAUCCGGAAAGUCGAGUCUGCUGCAGGGACUCAUGGGAGAAAUGCGAAAGACCUCUGGUACGGUAACUUUUUCUGGUUCAACUGCCCUUUGCGCUCAGACCCCUUGGAUCCAGAACUCUACCGUGCGAGAGAAUAUCCUGUUUGGCCAGCCCUACGACGAAAAACGCUACUGGGACGCCAUACGCGACUCUUGCCUCGAAUCUGACCUCGAGCUCCUCGAAGACGGCGAUGGCACCCAAAUCGGCGAGAAGGGUAUCAACCUCUCUGGAGGUCAGAAGCAGCGAGUCAACAUUGCCCGUGCCAUCUACUUUGACGCCGACAUCAUUGCUCUGGACGACCCUCUCUCCGCUCUCGAUGCCGGUGUCGGCAAAGCCAUCUUUUUCAACGCCAUCGUUGGCGCUCUCGGCGACAAGACCCGUGUGCUCGUGACCCACGCCCUGCAUUUCCUGCCUUACGUCGACAAUAUCAUCAUGAUGGAAGACGGCAAAAUCGGACAAAUUGGGACUUAUCAAGAACUCAAACAUGGUGAUGGCCCGUUCGCGAGAUUGAUUCAAGAUUUCGGUGGAGAGGACAAGGCGGAGGAAGAUCUGGAGACGGAGCAAGAUGCUAUGGAGAAUGCUGGCUCCAAGGAUGUCCACGACAGGUCCAACAUGGUCACCAAAGGCAAGGCGCACGAGCUCAUGCAAGCCGAAGAGAGGAAUACGGGUGGUCUGCAGAAUGGCACCUUCUUUGGUUAUCUCAAGGCCGGGCGCGGUGUCAUCCUGGUACCCACCCUUCUCUUUGCUGUCGCCCUUGCUCAAGCUUUCACUGUCAUCACUUCCUUCUGGCUGGUAUGGUGGGAAGAGCGCAAGUGGCCCCAGUCCAAUGGGUUCUACAUGGGCAUCUAUGCAGGGCUCGGUAUCGGUACUGCUCUGGCGACCUUUUUCCAGGGUUUCGCCAACGCUACGAUCAACUAUUUCGCUUCCGUUCGCAUCCAUGAUAACGCCAUUCGCCGGGUCAUGUUUGCACCUCAAGCCUUCUUCGACACCACUCCUCUGGGGCGUAUCAUGAACCGUUUCUCAAAGGACACGGACACAAUCGACAAUACAUUGUCUGAUGCCAUGCGAAUGGCUGUGGCCACUCUCUCGAGUAUUAUCGGUGCCGUCAUCCUUUUGGCCAUCAUCGAGCCAUACUUUCUCAUCGCUGUCGGGGUCGUCUCUCUCCUCUACGCGCAUAACGCCAUGUUUUACCGCCGGAGCUCGCGAGAGUUCAAGCGUAUCGACUCCAUCUUGCGAUCAUCUCUCUAUUCGCACUUUUCCGAGUCUCUUUCCGGCGUCGCGACUAUCCGUUCUUAUGGGGAGACCGACAGGUUCUACAGAGAUAACAUCCGCUUUAUGGAUACCGAGAACCGCGCUUACUACAUGACCAUCAUCAAUCAGCGAUGGCUCGGUCUACGUCUCGACAUGCUCGGUUCGCUCCUGUCCUUCUCUGUUGCCAUCAUCGUGGUAUGCUCUGACAUCUCUGCCUCCUCAGGCGGCCUUGGUCUGUCUACCAUCGUUACGGUGCAGCAGUCCUUUUCUUGGCUCAUCAGGCAGAUCGCCGAGGUUGAGAACGACAUGGUUGGGGCAGAGCGUAUCAUGCAUUACGCCACUCACCUCGAGCAAGAGCAGCCUCAUCAGAUCGAAGAGACGAAACCUGCUAUCGAGUGGCCUUCUGAGGGCAAGAUCGACUUCAAGGAUGUACGCAUGCGAUACCGGCCCGAGCUGCCUGAUGUUCUGAAAGGGCUAUCGAUGAGCGUUGGCGCGUCGGAGAAGAUUGGUGUGGUCGGGAGGACGGGUGCGGGCAAGAGUUCGAUCAUGGUGGCGCUUUUCCGAAUGUCGGAGCUUUCUCAAGGGUCCAUCACCAUCGAUGGCGUCGAUCUGAGCAAGAUCGGACUGAACGACCUCCGUUCUGGCAUCUCUAUCAUUCCCCAAGACCCUCUCCUGUUUAGCGGCACGUUGAGGUCCAACGUUGAUCCCUUUGGCACCAAAACGGAUGCCGAGCUAUACGACACCCUCCGUCGAGCCCACCUCAUCACCUCUUCUCCUGGUGGCACUGUCUCCGACUCGAGUCGGUUCACCCUCGAUACGGUGAUUGAGGAGGAAGGCGGCAACUUGUCGGUGGGUGAAAGGUCACUCGUGUCCCUCGCUCGAGCGUUGGUGAGAGAUACAAAAGUGUUGGUGCUGGAUGAGGCCACAGCUAGCGUUGAUCUGGAGACGGAUGCGAAAAUCCAAGAGACUAUCAGAAAUGAGUUCAAAGACAGGACGCUGUUGUGCAUUGCGCAUAGGCUGAAGACGAUCUUGUCUUACGAUAGAAUCUUGGUGAUGAGUGAUGGUCAAGUUGCUGAAUUUGACACUCCUGAGAAUCUCUUCCUGAUGAACGGCGCGUUCACCGAGAUGUGUGGGAAGGCUAGUAUCUCGUUGGGAGACAUCAGGGUACGCACUCAUGCAGGCUCUCAUCAUGGCAUACUUUACUGACCGGUAUUGCAGACUGCCGCUGGGAUCCGUUUCUAGAUAUCAUGUUCACGUUUUGUACCGGCGUCGCCUUAUGAGGCGUAACCGUGUCAGUCGGUUCUACAUCUUUAUACAGGUCGUUAUAAUAUCUACAUACUGUACAAUAUGCAUGUCAACCAACACCAGUGUGCUACAUUCCAUGCCAUGCUAUGGGUGCAGUCUAUCGGGCGCCGUGAGAUCCA